CUGCCUUCGACUGGUGGUUCCGGCUCGGCCGAUCGGAAAUUACACACUCAGCCAUCUACCCUGUUUGCCAGAGUCGACAUGAACCCUUCCAUCCCACCUUCGACGGCCGAAUAUGGCGGGGACGAGGUUUCGGCGAUUGUACUCGAUUCCGGAUACUCGACAACGCGCGCGGGCUUUGCAGGGGAGGAUACCCCAAAAUCCUUAAUCCCUACAUACUAUGGGAGGUACUCCUUGGACGGACAGGAAAAGCUGGUCUUCGGCGAUGAUGUCUUUGUUACACCCCGGCCUGGUCUUUCGGUUCAUAACCCAAUGGGUCGAGAUGGGAUUGUGGAAGACUGGGACAUGGCCGAGAGAGUGUGGGAAUAUGCUUUUACAUCACGCCUAACGGGCCCCAAGUCAGGAAAUCCUCUGCAGAACGGGCUGAACGAUGUCUUGGAGGGCGAGCUGCCUACAGAUAUGGAGGGGGUGGAAUCCGAAGAGAAGCUUCUUGCCGACAGCCCCCUCCUGAUGUCAGAACCCGGUUGGAAUCCCACGAAGGCCCGCGAAAAGACCAUCGAGAUUGCUAUGGAAAAGUGGGGGACCCCGGCGUUUUAUCUGGCCAGAAAUGGUGUUCUGUCAGCCUUUGCGGCUGGUAAAGCUUCAGCUCUAGUCGUUGACAUUGGUGCUUCCAACAUCUCCGUGACACCGGUCCAUGAUGGCAUGAUACUGAAGCGAGGUGUCCAACAUUCUCCUUUAGGGGGUGACUAUAUUUCAUCGCAGAUCCGCGCCCUAUUCAAGUCAAACGCACCACAGCCGAUAUCGAUCACACCUCAUUAUCUGAUUUCCUCAAAGACAGCAGUUGAUGCUGGUCAACCCCCACAAGUCAAACUCAAGACUUUCCCCCCUGACCGGGUUCCAGAUUCAUCCUAUCGGACCCUGCUUGAGGAGCGGACACUUUCUGAGUUUAAGGAAUGCGUCGUUCAGGUCUGGCCUGGUCCCAACAAACUGUCUGCCACAGGUCCAAAUGGUGUCCCAAAUGAAGAGGUCGCGAAGAGCAAUCCUGGACGGCCAUUUGAGUUCCCUGACGGUUAUAACCAGGUCUUUGGUAUUGAUCGCUACAGGGUGGUGGAGUCUCUAUUUGAUGCCAAGGCCGCGAUCCCAGAUCCCGAAUCACUGUUUCCCACGCCGUCGCCGGCUCAGACUGUGCCGGAGCUCAUAAAGAAUGCCCUCAACGGUGUCGAUGUCGACGUACGCCCGCAUUUGCUGGCCAAUGUCGUCGUGACGGGCGCAUCGAGCCUGCUUUACGGGUUUACGGACCGUUUGAACCAGGAGCUCAUGCAAAUGUUUCCAGGUCCUCGCGUGCGGAUAUCAGCCCCAGGCAACACUGCUGAGCGAAAGUUUGGUUCUUGGAUCGGUGGAAGUAUCCUCGCCAGUCUGGGAACCUUUCAUCAAAUGUGGAUUUCCAAAAAGGAAUUUGACGAACAUGGCCCGAACAUUGUUGAGAAGCGCUGCAAAUAGGUCAUCAUUUUGUUCGUUCACGUCUAAGUGUUCAAAGUUGGACGGAUGUAGACUGGCGACCAAAUGUUGUCACAAAACAAACACUCUCAUACACCUCCCCUUUAAUGUUGAAUACUGAAGAAUCUAUCUGCAUUGCGCAGUAAAGUUUUGACCAAGGCUCUACCUACUUUUUCUGCUGAAACUACGAGGGGGGCUAUUUCCAUGUUUAGGCCUGUUUUUAGCAGUACCACAUACUAUUAGCUUUCAAC